AAGCCGCCUCGAUUACGCGCGCACGGCGGGGCUUGCCCCCGCCGUGCGCGCGUGAUCGAGGCGGCCGUGGAGCCAGUUGGAGCGCUUUGUCGGUGCUGAGCCACACAGCAUGUGCAUUGAGGACUUCGUUGGCGGUGACGACAGCACCGGAACAGUGGCGGAGUUUGCUCGAGCCGCCCAUCGCCGCAAGCCGCACCGCACGCGUGCGGUCGCGCGAAAUAUUGCACGUAUCAAACACUUGUGCACAAAUUUCGGUUUACGAUGUGUAAGGUAUACACUGUGCACACAGUGUAAACGGUAAUUUGUGCACAAGUGCUGGAUACGUGCAAUUUUUCGCGCGACCGCAAGCGUGCGGUGCGGCUUGCGGCGAUGGGCGGCUCGAGCGUAACCGUUUGGACUAUGUUGAGGACGCCGUGGUCAAGCACGCGGUUGCCAAUAUGAAGUAGGCUACGCUGCUUCAGUACUUUCAGCAAACAAAAUAAAUACUUUGUUUGAAGCUUCAUGUUCUGAUCCUGGCGCCGACGCGUGAAAUAGCUGUUCAGUCAUGUGACACGAUUUGCUGUCUUGGCUGCGACAUGCCGGAGCUCAGGGUGUAUGCCUUCAUCGGGGGUGUGCCGAUAAAAGAGGACCUGCAGAAGCUGACACAAUGCCACGUGGCCGUCGGCACUCUGGGGCGGCUGCUGCAGCUUAUCCAGCAGGGCCAGCUUUCCCUGGAGUGGGUGCGCCUCCUGGUGCUGGAUGAGGCCGACCAGCUGCUUGGGGAGGGGUUCCAGGAAGACCUCAGGAAGCUGUGGGCAUCGCUACCAGAGAGGCGCCAAGUGGUGGCGACUAGUGCUACCUACCCCCCGGAAGUGGCGCGCGUCCUAGAAGAGGAGCUGCUUCACAAGCCCAUGGUUGUUCGUCUGGGAGCAGACACACCUGCUCUGUUGGGUGUGUCGCAGUGGUACUGCUUGGCCGAGGGCACGGACGAGGCAGCCUGGUUCUCGCGGAAGCUGCGCACCCUGGACAAACUCCUGCGUCAAAUGCCCUUCUCUCAGUGCCUGGUGUUCCUCAACUCACAGGCCAGAGCGCAAUCCCUGGAGGAGAGGCUUCGCCGCACAGGCCACAGAGCACAGCUGCUGAGCGGAGCCCAGGCGCAGUCUGAACGCAUCAAGGCCCUGGUGUGCCUGAAGGCUUACCGCUGCCGCAUCCUUGUCUCCACCGACCUCGCAGCUCGUGGUAUUGAUGCAGAAAGGGUCACCCUGGUCAUCCACUUUGAUGUGGCGUAUGACCUGGAGACGCAUCUCCACCGUUCUGGACGGGCUGGCCGUUAUGGCACAGCAGGCCAGGCAGUCACAUUGGUGACAGGAUUUCAAGAACUGCAGCAGCUUCGCACACUCUGUGCUCCACUUGGCUUAGACAUAAGGCCACUGCCAGGUUUUCCAAGCCUGGAACAUGGGAGUAGCAAUGUCAAGCUGAAUGGUGAUGUAAGCAAAAAUGUUGCAGACGAAAUGAGUGUGCCAGUGGUAGAAGUAACUUCAACAAAAGUCACAUCCCUUCAAGGAAACAGCUUCAAGAGAACAGGUUGUGAUAUUGUCACGGCCCUUGAAGAGAAUAGCUCUGAAGAAACAGGUUCUGAUAUUGACACAGCCCUUGAAGAAAACAGCUCCAAUGAAACAGGUUCUGAUAUUGUCACAAGCCCUCAAGAAGACAGCUUUAAAGAAAGUAGUUCUGAUAUUGCUGAAAUGUCUGCUCAAAACAUUUCCAAGGUAACUUGUGCGCAGUUGAUACAGUUAAUAAGCACAACUGAACUGUCUUCUCAGAGUGGUUCUGCAAAGGCAAUGCCACCACCAGUGAACACAGUUUUGCCACCUGCUGAUAAUGGUUCGAAAAAACCGCUUGCACCAACAAUGCAGCAGCUUAUUUGCACAGUUGAAUCAUCCCCAGAAAGUGAUUCCAAGGAAGCAUGUGCACAGUUAAUGCAGUCAUCUGUGAGAGUCGUCGAACUGUCACCAACGCACGGUGCGUGUCAAGUCAAGAAGGGUCUUCUGCAGCCCAUGAUGUACCCUCCACUGAAACUUGAAGAAAUCCUCAUGGGCCACAAGGUACCUCCACGUGUCCAGCCUAUUCUUGAGUGGCCACCAGAUCCUUCAAUAGGCAAGGAACUGGCAGCCCGCAUUAAGGAGGAGAAGGAGGCAUUCAGCAAAGCAUACGGUGUUGUUUUUGAACCUGGCAGGUCACUGAAAAUUGCCGUUGCUCAGCGAGGGUCUAAGCAGACUUGUGCAUCCUCUUCAAGGGAUGAAGCAAUUCCUAGCCAUGACGAGCAUAAAGCAGAGGCAGAGGGAACGAAACCUGUGGGUCAGUUUGUUACAGCAGCUGAUCAAAGCAACGUGAAUGAAAAAUGGGAGUUAAGUGGCAUUUCUUCACUGGUGGUAGAUAUAGAAAAGGUUGUCUCUAGCCACGAAAAGCGAGAACUGAAAACAGAGGGAGCCACCGAUGUGCUGCACUCUGAUAUAAGCGCGUACAAGAAGGCCAACGAGGGACAGCAGGAAGCUAAUGUGCAGGCUUCGGUGUCUAAAAAUAACAGCAGAGAGCUGGUGGACACUGGAAAAUCUGAUAGUCUCUACAUACAGCCACAAAUUAGUAGUUUAGGUCCUAAAGAGAGCGAGCUGAAAGAAAGGCAUGGUGCUGCUCAAGCAAAUGCUACCAAUGGUUCACUGAAAAUGGGUGCUGGCAAAUCAAGUAAAACAGCAGAAGCCAUGGAAAACAAGCGUCGAAUUGUGUACAAGUCAAAGCACAAACCACAAUCGUUGGAUCCAGAGUUAGCAGUAAGGAUGAAAGGUAGAACACUUGAAAGUGGCCAACCACCGCCAAGGUCAAUGGACAUCAGCAAAGAAUUGAGAAAAACUAUUUUGAAGGAUGCAUCGAAAGAGAAUGACAAUGUAAUCCAUCGAAAACAAAAGCAGCCGAAGAGUACCAGUUUUGCUGGAGGCAGUGACGAUGGGAACAGUUCAGUGCUGCAUAUUGGAUGCGUAAGAAGCAGUACGCCCAGCCAACAGUGGACACUGUCUACACAUUCAGCUGGCACAAGUCCGACGUACCUGCCGCCGCUGACAUGGCGUCAUACUUCUGCAGUGAGACUUAGUCAUCUGCCCGACAGUUGCCAGCCCAUCAGAACAAGCUUGUGUUACAAGUGUGUGCAAAAAUGUGAGGCCAUCAGGGCGACGUGCUGCAGAGAACGUCACUCACUCAGGACUGCCACUGCAGCAUCCUCAUUCCCUUCUUCCUUGCCACAGUUGCAAGUUCGUGGAGCUGCCAUGGACUGGUCACGGAAUUGGUUCAUGUGGCACCAGUGGUACAUUAGGAGAAUGCUGCAAGCUAAUGGCUAUCAUUGAUAAUGCAGACGUGUAAUAGCUGUUCUCCUGCAGGAACUGCUUGGUCACUUGCGGCUACAGUGGAAGUACUAGUUGGCAUACACAGACCUUGUAAUUGUUAAUAGCAUUGUGCAUAUAUGUUGUUAUUAAAGGUACAGUGAAGAGUUACACUUAUUCACUUCA